GCAUCCUAAUAGAUUUUCCAUCAUCUUAAUUCCAGAGACUUUUCUUUUCGAUUGCUGGUCAACAUGGACUUUGGUAUCGCGUCCGGCGUUGCGGGGUUCGUCUCGCUGCUGAUACAGAUCGCCUCUGGCAUCAACAAGCUCCGCGACAUACUCAAGAACGCAGAACAGGCUCCCGCGGAACUGAAACAACUCCUCAAAGAGCUGGAGUUCUUGCAACGUCUCAUGGAUAGUGCUAAAGGACUAUCCCGCGACCCCUCUUUUGAGCACUGCGAAGCGACCUGCGGUCUCCUCGUUCAGGGGCUGGAAAAGCUGUAUCAGAAGUUGCUCAUGGAUUCCGAGAAGGUAAAGGGGCCAAAGAUGGUGAAGACGCUCCUGGCUUUUCGCCACUGGAAAAAGGACGUUGACGACUUGCUCCGGAAUAUCCAAGCGGCCAAAAUCAAUUUGAUCCUUCUUACCUCGCAUCGAACUUCACAAUGCCUUAGCGAGAUGAUGUUGGUGAACCAGCUCCACGGAACGUCUGCUCAACUAUCAGUCUCUGCCACCGAGACCGACUUGCCCGUUUCUCCAACCCCGCUAGAUGCUUCUUCCCGCCAACCCCUCGGGUCUUUUGCUCCCAUGACCAACUCUCGGGGCAUGAUAACCCCAAGACCUAAGGCUCGCGGAAAUUGCUUGUCUUGGUCUUGCUCAUGUUCAUGCCAUCGUACGGAAAAGACUUCUCGACGCUUCUGGGCGCUCGAAUACACUCACCCAGCGGUCUUCCAGCGGACCUGCGACUCUUCGUCCUGCAACACUGCCAAGUACGGUGGAAUGUUCAGAAUCGCGCUGUCGCAGAUUGGAGUCCGGUGGGCCGCGGCCAUCCAGUUUUACAUCCUUGCGGAAUCGGGAAAGUUCUCCAUGCGACCCUGCUUCGAGAUGGAACGAAUCGUGCCUUACACAUCUCCAGGCUUUGAGUUGAUCUGGAAAUGUGAGAAUGGUCUAAUUAGGUUCGAAGAAGCUCAAAAGGGGCUUGUUGAACUGAGAAGGAUGGACCCAACAUUUCCUACGCAUGUCAACCCAGAUGGAAAGUCUUACAUUGAGGAGCUUUUACGACGUCCGUGGAUAUCCAAGGAACAGUUUCAACUACUCGAGCUUUUCAUGCAGGAGUUCAAGAUGUCAAAGGGGACCGAACGUCCUGGUUUUCUUUCACUCUGUGCAAAAUGGAUCGGAGAAGGCCCUCAUAUAGAUUUGUUAGAAACGCUCCUCGCCCUCGGCUUUGAUGCGACUGUGGUCGACACCCAGAACUGGCCGGAAGUGUCUUCGCCAAACUGGUUGUCCGAGUCAAUGACCCCCGACCCGUUCUUCGUGGAGUAUAUAAGUACACUAUGCCAAGAUAACCAAGGAUUUGCCGGCUUGGCGCCCCUUCACGAAGCCAUCGUUUUUGGUUCGCCAGAUUCGAUCAGAGAAUUUGCUCCACGAUUUGAUGUCAACGGGAGAAACUUUCUCGGCCAGACUCCUCUUCAUUUUGCUGUCUCAAAUACCCUGCACCUGAAAGUCCUUUUGGAAUUUAACCCUGAACUCGACGUCCCCGACAAGUAUGGCAACACGCCACUGAUGUAUGCGGCCGCAGAGAAUCAAGAAGAGUCUGUGAUGAUGCUCCUCGAUGCUGGUGCGGAUGCAUAUGCUCGGGAAAGCCGAUACAAUCGCACCUUCAUUGCGUACGGGGCUCUGAGGGAUCAUUGGAAGCUUGUUCUCAACUGUCUUUCGCGGAUCGAGUCCUUGGAAGGCAAAAAGGUUGCAGAAAAAUGGGCCGAGGAUGCUACAUUGCUAUUUCACGUCAAGUAUUCGAAUAGACGAGGCAAAAGGGAUGCGACAUUUCAUCAGUUCCUUGCCAAAUGCGGCGACGUCAAUUUUCUCUACGACAAUCUUAACACUGGCAACUUAAAGAACACCCUCCUUCACAAUGCUUCAUCGGUGUCAGACUUGGACGCGUUGCUCGACAACGGAUUCAAGCUUAUCAACCACAGUAACAGCGCAGGUCGACAUCCUCUCAUUGAAGCUGCUGGUCGAGAUAUACCUAGCCUUGUGGAGGGUCUUCUUAAUGCUGGGGCCGAUAUCGAGUUAAGAGACCAUUGGCAUCGCACAGCGCUUCAUCACGCUUUAGCCAGGUUGGGUACUGGAGCGACAAACGCUGCAUAUGAAGCUAUGGACACUAUCCGCAUAUUCGUAGCCCACGGGGCGGAUCUCCUAUCCAGAGACAAUUGCAGAUGCCCUUGUUCCCCCGAGGGUUGCCUUCCCGGUGUAGAACUCAUGCAUAGUCUUGAUCAAAAAUGGGGUGUUGCGCAUUUCCCUGCAUGGGCAAUAGAGUGGGUUUGCCUUGUCUAUGAGAGCAAGGGCACAGAUGGGGCAAAGAUAGCUAUUAGAUCGCUUUUGCGACGAACGAAACAUGAAGAGAUGGGAAUGACGCAUGUGUGUUGUCGGAGGCCUCCCCGAUUUCCUUGGCACCCCUCUCCCUUCUCUGGCAGUCCAAGUUACAUUCCCGACGACGAUAUCGAUGAUAUCUUAGAGGAAGAGUCCGAAUUUAUCGAGAUCCUAGAAAAGGAAAUGGCGCAGAGCACUGACCAAGAGUACGAACUGUUGUUUGAUGAAUGGAUCCGACAUAUCAAGUCAUCACUAGCUGUCUUGUGCAAAGAGGCUGCGGAGUAUGACCAAAAGGUCAAAAACGAUAAAAAUGACAAAGAGUCCGGACUCCAAAUAGAUCACAAGAACGAUUGCUUUGUGUCUCUUCAGAGUUUCAACUUUCUUGAGGGAAGGGAUCCCGCCGGGGAUGUGAAGACCUCACUGGCGUACUACGUCCUUUGUCUGGGAAUUCAAUAUCAACGCCUCCAAGCUUCUGGCAAUGAUUCCUCUCUGGCCAGUUGGUAUUUGAUAAGGAUGCGUGGUCUCCAUCGAGUUCUCGACAUCAUGGAAUUUUCUGCAUCUCAAAUUGCUCAUGAAAUGAAAUCUGCAAGAAAUCUCUCCCGCAUAUAUCCCCGGAGCGUUUUUGAGGUUGAAAGGUGGAUUCAACACUUCUUAUCGUCGAUUUUGGAAAGAGAGGAGUGAAUGUUGACCUGGGAAAUGCUCGGGAACGGAAUCUUGGGCUUGCCCAAGGUUAGGAGAGGAUGAACAGUACCGACCCUGAAAUUGCAUUUUGGUCUCGAUAA